AGCACGGUCCCGUUCAGCCAACGGCCAGAUGGGCCACCGAGUACCUUUGUGCUCUCCGAUAUAUUAGUCCAGCCCCAAGCCCUAGAAGAGCUAAAACCCUUGCGGCGGCUACCUUUUCCCCAGCUCCCUCUCGUCUCGCGGCCGCCGCAGGCGAAACCCCCUCAUCGCUUCGCGCUGUCCACCGACGAAUCUUCCCCAGCUGAGUUAAUCGGGGACUGGUCGUGUGCGGAGAUGUUGGUGCUCUUCGAGACCCCCGCGGGGUUCGCCCUAUUCAAGGUGCUCGACGAGGGGAAGCUCGACAAGGUCGAGGAUCUAUGGAAGGAGUUCACGACGUCGGACUCAGCGAGAAAGGUGGUCGAGCUGAAGGCUUUCAACAAGUUUGAGAACACAUCUGAUGCCCUAUCCGCGGCAACCCUGAUUAUUGAUAGCAAGCCUAGCAAGGGUCUGCGCAAGUUCUUGCAGAAACAUUGUGAGGGUGAAACAUUAGCAGUAGCUGAUUCUAAGCUUGGAAAUGCUAUAAAAGAAAAGCUGAAAAUUGACUGCCUUCACAAUAGUGCUGUGAUGGAGCUGAUGAGAGGACUGAGAAAUCAGCUUACCGAGCUUAUAACUGGGUUGGGUGCACAAGACCUUGGUCCAAUGAGCUUGGGAUUGUCCCACAGCUUGUCUAGGUAUAAGCUGAAGUUCAGCCCUGAGAAGGUUGAUACAAUGAUCAUUCAAGCCAUUGGAUUAUUGGAUGAUCUUGACAAGGAGCUUAACACUUAUGCCAUGAGAGUUCGUGAAUGGUAUGGCUGGCACUUUCCAGAGCUCACCAAAAUAGUUACAGAUAAUAUACAGUAUGCCAAAGUUGUGAAGAUGAUGGGCAACAGAGUUAAUGCAGUCAACCUUGACUUCUCUGAGAUAUUGUCAGAUGAAGAGCUAGAAACACAGCUAAAGGAGGCAGCAGUAAUAUCCAUGGGAACAGAAGUUAGUGACCUUGACUUAUCGAAUAUCAGAGAGCUAUGUGAUCAAGUGCUGGCCCUUUCUGAGUACAGAGCCCAGCUGUAUGACUAUUUAAGAAGCAGGAUGAACACUAUUGCACCAAAUUUGACAGCACUGGUGGGUGAAUUAGUUGGUGCUCGCCUUAUUGCACAUGGUGGAAGUUUGUUAAAUUUGGCCAAGCAGCCUGGUAGCACAAUUCAGAUACUUGGUGCAGAGAAGGCUUUAUUCAGAGCUCUAAAGACAAAGCAUUCUACACCUAAGUAUGGCCUCAUCUACCAUGCAUCCUUAAUUGGCAAGGCUUCUCAAAAGCACAAGGGAAAAAUCUCUCGUUCUCUUGCUGCAAAAACAGCUCUUGCUAUCCGGUAUGAUGCCCUUGGUGAUGGUGAGGACAACUCCAUUGGCACUGAGAGUCGACUUAAGCUUGAGACACGGCUUCAAGUUCUUGAGGGUAGAGAACUUGGGAAAUCUGCUGGUUCCACAAAGGGGAAGCCCAAGAUAGAAGUGUAUGAAAAGGACCGGAAGAAGGGUACUGGGGCUUUAACAACUCCUGCUAAGACAUAUAACCCUGCAGCUGAUCUGGUACUCACGGAAGAAACACCAAAGAAGUCAGAAUUGGCUUCAAAGAAGAGGAAACAUAAUGAGGUGGAAACUGAACCAUUAGCAGAGCCUGCAGAGGAAGCAAUCCAGGAGGAUGGUGACCAGGAGGAUCGGAAGAAGAAGAAGAAAAAGAACAAGGAAAGCAAGGAGGCUCCUGCUGGUGAAGGUGAUGGUGAGAAGAAAAAGAAAAAGAAGUCUAAGGAGGUCGAGGAAGAGCCUGUUGUGGCUGCUGCUUCAGAAGUUAAGAAGAAGAAAAAGAAGUCUGACGCUGAUGGUGAGGAUGUCGCAAUGCAAACCGAAGAAUCAGGUAAGAAAGAGAAGAAAAAGAAGAAAAAGGCGUGCUGAUGAUGAGUGAGACAUUCACACUGGAAGAGAAUUUGCGGGUACCAAACUACCAAAGGCUGGGACUCAGCUGUUCUGUAAAAUGGAUUUGCGGGUAGAAACGAUAUCGACAUCAGUUUUUUUGGACCCGGCUUGUAUUCAAGUACUUGCUCGAUCCUGGUGAUGAUGGAAUUUAAGUUUUGCUGUUGCAACCUGAUAUAUUAGUACGAUGAUUGUCAUGGUAACGCGGCAGCUGAGAGAUCUUCCAUGCUCAAUGUUGACCCGAACGUGCUCUGGUAAUUGGUAGUUUUAAUGCUGGAGGUCAUGGUUAAAAUUGGCAGAGAAACAAGUAGUGGCUGAUAUUUUAGCAAAAAAUAGACACGUUUUGAUUCUUAGUUUUUGUUCUCUUGUGAGUCUUGAGCACAUUCCUGAAAUUGUACUAUUCAGGUGGCUCUCAAAAGCUUUCAAUGGA